AUGGCCUCUAUGCGAGACGCAAUGAAGCGUCUCCAGGUCAUUUACGACGCGUGCUCUCCCGAAGCAAUGGAACAAGGAGCAGCAGCCAAAUCCAUGGACGAUUUCACCAGAAUACGCAAGAAAUUGCAUGGAGAUUGCAAAACUAUACGAUCAUUGCUCAAGGAACGGGAAAUGCUGACUGCUCGAAUGGGAACUACAAGCGAAACUGCCGAAGCAUCAUAUCGAAUUCGUGUUGCCAUUCGAUCGCUCAAGGAAGAGCUGGGAAGGAUGGAUGAUAUUAUGGCUAAAGAGGACAAGAAGAAAAAGCACAAAAAUCCCGAAGAAUAUGCUAAGAGGAAAGAAAUCGCUGAGCUAUGUCAUAAGCACGUUGAAGAAGUUGAAGCUUUGGAAAAGAAAAAGUUUACAGAUCGAGUUGGCAGUGAUCGGAUUGAGCUUAUGGCACGUUCUGGUGAUGGUGCUAGGUAUCGAGGAAACGCUGCACCUGGAGGAGGUGAUCCAUUCAUGGAAUCAGACUUGGCACCUAUUGAUCCUGAUGUCGAUGAAGAUUUCAAGAAGAUAAAGGGAAAGAAUCAGGAUAUUGACAACGAUUUGGAUGUGAUUGGCAAAGGAGUGUCCAAACUGAAGGAUAUCGCCAACGAAAUGAAUACGGAACUCGACAAGCAAAAUGAGAUGCUUGAUGCCGUUGACACCAAGGUGAACAAUGCUUUGGAUCACGUUGACAACGUGAAUAUCAAGAUGAAGGUGGCGCUUGAAAAGAUGAUGAGAGGAGACAAGUUUAUGAUCAACUGUAUCUUACUGUGUGUUUUACUUGCUCUCAUCGCCUUUGUGGCCACUGAAUUUACUGGAGGCCUUUGA